UCCUCGUCCGGCAGCACCAUGUCGUCAGACUCCAGCAAGAAGAGGAAGCCCAAAGUGAUCCGCACAGACGGGGGCCCGCAGGAUGGCAAGCGGGGCAAGGCUGAUGCUGACCAGGAUGCUAGGUACUACAGUGAGGAGUGCGAGGUGGAUCUCCGUGACCCCAUCAAAGACUACGAACUCUACAGAGACACUUGCCAGGAGCUUCAGAGACUGAUGGCAGAAAUCCAGGAGCUGAAGAGCAGAGGCAUCAAGGACAGUGCGGCGGAGAUAGACGAGCGGCGCAUUCAGAGCUGCGUGCACUUCAUGACCCUGAAGAAGCUCAACCGCUUGGCUCAUAUUCGGCUGAAGAAAGGGAGAGAUCAAACCCAUGAGGCAAAGCAGAAGGUCGAUGCCUAUCACCUGCAGCUCCAGAACUUGCUCUACGAGGUGAUGCACCUGCAGAAAGAGAUCACCAAAUGCCUGGAGUUCAAGUCCAAACAUGAGGAGAUUGAACUGGUGAGCCUGGAGGAGUUUUACAAAGAGGCCCCCCCCGAAAUCAGCCGGCCUGCCAUCACCCUGUCUGAGCCCCACCAGCAGACCCUGGCCCGCCUGGACUGGGAGCUGGAGCAGCGCAAGAGGUGGGGCAGCGGCGUCUCGGCUCGGUGCCAGCCUGCUACAGGGCAAGGCUCUUGGCAGACCCCCGGCUCAAGCUCCACAGCUCCUGG